AUGUGUUUAGUGAUUAAUUUCUUGAUAACAUUAAUUGUUGGCGCAAAUGCAAUGUCAUUUUUAACCGAUGAAUGGACAGAAAGUAUGAAACAAUUCUUUGAGCAAACACAACAAAAAAUUGGUGAAAAAUCUAAUCAAUUUUUGAAUGAAAUUGGUAAAAAAUUUGAUAGCGCGCAGAAUUUUGUUGAACAAUCAAAGGAUGUUUUUAGUAUGGUAGCAAAAAAUUUGAAAAGUAGCGGCGAAAAGUUGAAAGCUACGGUAAUGAAAACAGCCGAAACAACAUUACGUGGAGCUGGUGAUGAAGUAAAUUUGUCACUUUUGCAUUCAAAUUAUUAA